CCUCUCCCCCUCUCCCCCUCUCCCACUCUCCCUGUGUGUGUGUGUGUGUGUGUGUGUGUGUGUGUGUGUGCGUGCACUCAAGCAUGCAUGCAUAUGUUUGUAUAUAUAUCAUAUACUUCGUGUUAUGGCUCUUGUUCUCCAAUUUCAAUUCUUGUGUCACAUUUAUGUAAUACAUUUAUGUAAUGCAAUAAAUGUAAAUUGAUGUAAUAAACGUUGGAAUGCAUUGCAAAAUGCAUUUUACAGUAUACAUUAAAAGUUGAUACGAAUGACUGAGAAAUAAAUGUAGCUUAUCAAAUAGCAUAUUCAGAAAAAGAAAGUCAGAAAAUGUAUGGUAUUAAUGGUUAAUCAUAAAAUACUUUCACAAUGUUCCUGAUGUGUAGCAAACAUGUUCAUGAGGAAAGGGAGACAUGUGGUGGCAUAGCCAACAAUGAUUUUGCAGGAUAUUUUGACAGCGGCAGUGACAGUGGUAGCAAUGUUUUACCUCCUGUACGAAAACGGUGUAAGUGGCUCGUGACUGAAGAUGAUACUGACGAAGAAGAGCAAACCUACCAGCAACAAUCUGAGUCGUGGAUGCGGCAAACGGAAAACAAUGAACCAACAAUCUGGACAUAUAUGGAACUUUGCGGAAUAAAGGAAGCAGCUUUACAGCAUAAGCUGUUUGUGAGAGACACUUUUGGAGGCUGUCAGACAAGAAAUGUAUACAUCUUCAAUGUAAAUCCAAAUUGCUCAUAAUACAAAUCAAGAAAAGUGAUAUACGCCAUGUUUUAUUUAAAAAAUUAGUACAUCAGCAACUUCUAACA